CGACCCUCAUACGAUACGAGCGGGCACAUCAUCGCGCUACUGAAGAGUGGUCGUGAGGCUUUUUGGCCGGCUCUGAGGCUUUUACAGUACACUUACUCGUUGUACGUUCGUGGGAGAUGGAAAUAUCAGCAUCAAUAAAGGGGUUUCUCCAAUCCAGCCAUAUGCAUGCCAAUUAAACCUCCAAAAUCCCUCUACACGUGCAUCACAUCGCAUCCAUCCCUCCUAGCAACUCGGUUCAGACGGAACGUUAGACACUCACCUUACCUGACCACUCGCUGAGCCUCCAAGGAACGCCUAGCCCGUAACCUUCUCGUCCUGUCUCUGGACCCCACGCACCACUCUUCCUUCUCCUCUCCUACUCACUACCCACCACCCAUCGCUUCGCCUUGGCUUGCCGCUCACCCCUCCGCUUCUGCCCGCUGAUCGCCGCCUCGCCUAGGCGCUUAUAGGAUUCCCCUGCUGUUGCUGUGCCGCUGCUCGCUGUGCUGUGCCGCCUUUCCGUGCCAGCCUGACCACCAUCUGUCUUCCUCCCUCCACUCCCCAUUCCCCGCUUAGAGAUAACAGUUCUCCGCGGCUGGUCUGGUCGUUCUAUCAACCACCCAUCGUGCGUUUGUUCUCCGCGACAAGUGGUGCCAUCGAUUGAAAGAGAGCCUUGUGUCCGACGCUAGUUAGCGGGUAUUGAAUCUCAUCGCCUCAGAGAGGGUGCAUGUGAUCAGUGUACGUCAGGACGAGAUAAAGUUGGAGUAAGACGCUAAGCGCGGUGCACUUUUGGCACGUUGAAACGAGAUAUCAUUCUUGAGGUCUAAAGACCGAAGACCGAAGACUGAGGGGCUGUGAGUUUUUAGGCCGACGUUGGGGGAUUCACUGACGCUAGAGAUUGAUUCUCACCUUUCUUGCAACUCUGGUUCAGUCCGGCCAUCAGACGCAUCAUCAUCGUCGUUAAACAUCAUAACCCAUUACUUCUCAGAAUCUCUGAGUCACAUCUCUAUUCACUAGACCUCAGAUCACCCUCCAUUACCACAGAACCUCAGAAUCUCAAACCACCUCUCCAUUACCACAGAACCUCACAUCACCUCACAUCACCUCACCGUCACCUCUAUCAUCCAUCACCCGCCCAUCCACCACCACCACCACCACCACCACCACCCAAAAAAUGAGCGACUCCAAAUCCCUUCCCCCAGAUUUCCCCACCGACCCCUCCUCCCCCUCCGACCUCCCCCCCCCCGCCUACACCUCCAUCUACGACUCCUCCCCUCCUCCCUCCGACACCAAACAAUCCCCCUCUAACCCGCUCACCAACCUCCGCACCCGCAUCGCCGCCAACCGCGCCUCCUCCUCCGAUCCUGCUGCAGUCUUGCACCGACGGCUGGUCACGCACAUGGCCUCGCGGACUGAGAUGUUUUUGGCCGAUUACGGGAGUACGGGGUUUACGGCUGCGAAGCUGAGUUUCUGCGCAAACGGCCACGUCUCACCUACCUCCUCCGAAGUUUUGACAGGCACAGCUGCGGAGGAUGCAGAGAAGGAGUUUAUUGAAUUCGACGUCCUGGAAAGUGACCACUUCUGGGACGACCAGGACGCAGCGAAUGGGCUGGCAAAGGGGUUAGAGAGGGCGUUGGAGGAGAAAUUGGGAUUGAAGGGGAUGAGAGGGGAGGGGGUGGAUGUGAGUGUGAAGGAGGAGCAGGGGGGGUGGAGGAGGGAGAAUGUGUUUGGGGUUUGGGAGACGGGGACGGGGUGGGGGGUUGUGGUUAGGGUGAGGGUUGAUGUUGGGGAGUAA